AUGACGGAUGACAUUGGAGAUACGGCCGUGAGAAGUGGACACGUUGACAUUGUCAGGAGUUUGAUGGAUUUAUUACGAAAUCCUGAACACGACUUCCCAGCCAAUAAGGUUGGGGAGACACCAAUUUAUCUGGCCACGGAGUCUGGUUUUCACGAUGCUUUGAUUGAAAUCUUGAACAUUUACAAAGAACCAACUUAUGUUACAGGUCCACUCAAUCGAACACCUCUACAUGCAGCCGUAAUUCAAGAACACACAGGAUUGAGAAAACUCGUUUCCGAUAUGUUGAAGUGGAAGAAAUCCUUAGCCUACGAUUGGGCAGGCAGUGAAAAUGAUUGGACGACGGCAUUUCACAUUGCAGCCAGUGAAGGUCAUAAAUCGAUGAUGCAUGAGUUAUUAAAACACUGCCCAGAUUGUUGGGAUAUGGUUAAUAGCAAUGGCCAAAAUGUUCUUCAUGUUGCCAUAUUAUUGAACGAUCACGAAAGGUUUGUCCAGGCGUUAUUUAAGUUGAGAUUUUGUAAUAGCCUUGUUGAUAAGGCAGAUAAUGAGGGCAAUACUCCACUCCAUUUGCUUGCUGCCUAUGGGAACCAUGUUCCUGAAUCAAUAUUAGACAAUCCUAGAGCAAAGAAGAUGACAUUUAACAAACAAAAUCAGACUCCACUUGACAUAGCAUCAUCUCGCACUCGGACAAUCAGGGGCGGCUCAAACCCGUUGGUGGCCUAA